CCUCAAAGUUGCCCGAUGUGCAGCACCUUGGAAAAGGAGUCAAAUCAAAGCGAAGAUGAGCUUGGCGAUAAAUUGGACCAAGAAGAGCAUAAACUCUUGUGGUCUGAUUUCGUGUCGCGGAUUUCCAAUCCUACCGUUAACAGCGUUCAACUUCAUUGGUCUUUGUUAAAAAAUGCCUCGGUCUACAGUAUAGAUAAGUUCCAUAAAAGACUGGGCUGGUUACAGUUGGAUUGGACUUCCAGUUCACCCAUAACAGUUACAAAUCUGGAAGAAAACUUCGGAUAUCGACUACGUAUAAAAGCGCUGACAGUUUCGAAGGAUAGACACCGUUAUGAGCCUUUGGCUAUCUCGCCUGAAAUAGUUGCUUGCACGGCUGCAGCACUCCCAUCUACACACUGCCUAAGCCGAGCCAUAAGAAAGGGGCAGCAAUUCCUGGUUAAAAGAAUGCUGCGUCGACGCCCGAGCCUGAUGGAAUAUCCGGCUUCCAACGGAUUCCUGCCACUUGCCAAUGCCAUUGUUCAGGGCGAGAUGUGCAUCAUUGACUUGCUGCUCUCGGCCGGUUGCAGCGUCCACAUUGGAAAUCCGGGAAGCGGACGGACCCCGCUGCACCUGGCUUUUUACUACGGUCACCUGCCGUCCGCUCGCAUUCUGCUGAACAAGAAGGCCCGCCUGGAGGCGACGGACAGUAACGGCAUGACUCCCGCCCACUGCGCCGUUGACGCCAAUCAACUGGAAAUAGUCAAGUUCGCUCUCGAAGCGGGAGCGAAUGCGGAGGCCAGAGACAUCUGCGGCUGGACCCUUCUUAUGCGCGCAGUGGUUAUGGACGCUAGCAUGGAGCUCAUCAAAGUCCUGGUUACGCACGGCGCAGACUUGGCGGCUGUGGAUGGUGUUGGCAAAACUUGCGCCGACUUGGCGAAACUUUAUCACAGACAGGAGGCAAAGGAUUACUUUGACGAGGUGCAAAAGUUUAGGCUGCAGAAAUCAGUCGCGACCGCAGACGCAGUGACAAAGGCACAACUGCAAUAACGAGGGACACCAAAGAAGUUUGAAUUCAGUGGUGAAUUUAAAAGAAGGGAAGGACUCUGGCACGGUUCAUGAUUAAAGCCCACGAUUAAAGCAAUAACAACAUUAA